AUGGACGGGGCCUCAACACUUGGUCGAGGCCAAGGCGUCCACCACAGUAAUUACAAAAAAGGCACCCGGGUUUGGCAACGCCAUCCUAAACUCGUCUGGAUUUCUGGCGAGCUUCUAGACGACUACAAGAUUGGUCAGAGAUCUCUGAGGAUACGGCUGGAAGAUGAUAACGCAACGAUCGUCGAAGCUCCGGUUUCCGACGAAAAGUCGCUACCAUUUCUGCGCAACCCAGAGAUUCUAAUGGGUGCCGAUGAUCUCACAACGCUCAGUUAUCUCCAUGAACCAGCCGUUUUGAAUAACCUACAGUACCGCUUCAUGGGACGGGAGAAUGUCUACACAUAUUGUGGAAUCGUUCUUGUUGCGAUAAAUCCGUAUGCAGACUGUGGACAUCUCUAUAAUGAUGAUGUUAUUCAGGUGUAUCGUGGAGUCGGCAAACAAGUCCGCGAGUUGGAUCCGCACAUUUUUGGGGUUGCUGAAGAAGCUUACUUCGAUCUUUGUGAAUAUCAGAAAAAUCAAUCGAUCAUUGUUUCCGGUGAAUCUGGAGCUGGAAAAACAGUAUCUGCAAAACAUGUGAUGAAAUACCUAGCCACAGUCGCCGGUGAGCGAGCUGGAUUCCGCGGGAUCGAAGACCGUCAGAUUCGGCAAAUUCAUACAGCUGAAUUUUGGGGAACGGAA